UCGAAAGGUGCCCGGCCCGCAGCUUUUCUUUUGUAGCAGGGAAUAAUGCCACAAUUGAAGCUUCAAGAAGUGAAGUCUAUAUAACCAAAUACAGUCAAAGAUUGCUGAUGCUGUUGAGCUAGCUUCCAUUGAAUUCCAAUACAACAGCAAGCUAGCGGAUUCAAGAAUGAGCAACCAAGAUGACUACAAAGCGAAAGAGACAAAGCCCCAACUUGGGGAACGGUGGCCACACGGAGGGAUUCGGGGAGGAGGAGGGUGGCUUACGAGUGACAGAGUGACAAGCACCUAUGAUCUUGUCGAGCAGAUGCACUUUCUUUACGUUCGUGUGGAGAAGGCAAGAGACCUGCCUUUAAACCCUGUCACAGCAAGCUGUGAUCCUUAUGUGGAGGUGAAGCUUGGAAACUACAAGGGCAAGACAAAGCACUUUGAGAAAAGAAUAAACCCUGAAUGGAAACAAGUCUUUGCAUUCUCAAAAGACAAAAUACAAUCUUCAGUACUUGAAGUCCUUGUGAGGGACAAAGAGAUGGUAGCAAGAGAUGAUUAUUUAGGGAAGGUGGUGUUUGACAUGAAUGAAGUCCCUACAAGGGUGCCACCCGAUAGCCCUCUGGCGCCUCAGUGGUACAGACUAGAAAACCGUCGUGGAGAAAGCAAGGUAAAAGGCGAAGUCAUGCUAGCAGUUUGGAUGGGGACACAAGCUGAUGAAGCAUUUGCAGAUGCAUGGCAUGCAGAUGCUGCUUCAGUUCAUGGAGAAGGUGUUUACAGUGUUAGAUCAAAGGUGUAUGUUUCUCCAAAGCUAUGGUACCUGAGAAUCAACGUGAUCGAAGCUCAAGAUGUAGAACCCGAGGACAAAACCCAACCUCCACAGCCUUUUGUGAAGGCUCAAGUUGGGAACCAGAUACUAAAGACUAAGGUAUCCCCAACCAAAACAACCAAUCCAUUCUGGAACGAAGAUCUGCUCUUCGUAGCAGCCGAGCCCUUCGAAGAGCAACUCGUACUCACAAUUGAAAACAAGACCUCUUCGAAAGACGAGCAAGUGGGGAGACUAACGUUGCCCCUCAACACAUUCGAGAAGCGAUUAGACCACCGAACAGUUCAUUCUCGCUGGUUCAACUUGGAAAAAUAUGGAUUUGGAGUCCUCGAGGGAGAUAAGAGACACGAACUAAAGUUCUCAACAAGACUACACCUCAGAGGUUGUCUUGAAGGUGGGUACCAUGUCUUAGAUGAAUCAACAAUGUACAUAAGUGAUGUAAGGCCAACUGCUAGACAACUGUGGAAGCAGCCAGUUGGAAUACUUGAAGUUGGAAUUCUGAAUGCCCAGGGGGUUCAAGGGAUGAAAACUAAAGAUGGGCGAAAAACGACAGAUGCCUAUUGUGUGGCAAAAUAUGGGCUGAAGUGGGUGAGAACAAGAACGAUACUCGAUAGCCUGAGUCCAAAGUGGAAUGAGCAGUACACAUGGGAGGUAUACGACCCGAGUACAGUGAUCACAUUGGGAGUUUUUGAUAACUGCCAUCUAGGAGGAAGUGAUAAACCAGGAAAGGACUCAAGGAUAGGAAAGGUAAGGAUUAGAUUAUCAACUCUAGAAAUGGAUAGGAUUUACACCAUGGCUUACCCUCUUCUAGUCCUGCAACCAUCUGGGCUUAAAAAAAUGGGUGAACUCCAAUUGGCAUUCCGGUUCACUUGUUUAUCUCUCGCCCAUAUAAUCUAUCUCUACGGUCACCCCUUGCUCCCAAAAAUGCAUUAUCUUCACCCCUUCACUGUCAACCAAUUGGACAGUUUAAGGUACCAGGCAAUGAACAUUGUAGCUGUGAGACUUGCAAGAGCUGAGCCACCUCUUGGAAGAGAAGUUGUGGAAUACAUGCUGGAUGUAGAUUCCCACAUGUGGAGCAUGAGAAGAAGCAAAGCCAACUUUUUCAGAAUUGUUUCGCUCUUCUCAGGCGCCAUCUCCAUGAGCAAAUGGCUGGAGGAAGUUUGCAAAUGGAAGAACCCAGUCACCACUAUACUAGUCCAUGUCCUCUUUUGCAUACUCAUAUGCUACCCAGAACUCAUACUCCCUACCAUCUUCCUCUACAUGUUCCUUAUAGGGAUAUGGAACUUCCGGUUCAGGCCAAGACACCCUCCACAUAUGGACACGAAGUUAUCCUGGGCAGAAGCAGCUAAUAAUGAUGAACUGGAUGAAGAGUUUGACACGUUCCCGACGACAAAGCAAGAGUUUACAGUGAAGAUGAGAUAUGAUAGACUUCGAAGCGUGGCGGGAAGAGUGCAGACUGUUGUUGGGGACAUUGCAACUCAAGGGGAGAGAUUCCAGUCUCUGCUGAGUUGGAGAGAUCCAAGAGCUUCCAGCCUCUUCAUAGUUUUCUGCCUUUUUACAGCAAUAAUUCUUUAUGUCACACCUUUCAAAAUGAUAGCUCUUGUUGCAGGCUUCUAUUAUCUAAGGCACCCCAAAUUCAGGAGCAAGUUGCCUUCCGCACCCAUCAAUUUCUUCCGGAGAUUGCCAGCUCGAGCUGAUAGCAUGCUGUGAUACAAAAAAUAAAGCAAAGUUACUAAUUAAUGUUUUCUAUUAAUUCCCAUUUCUACUAAUGUAUUUCCAAUAAUUCUCUGUUUCUGUUAUUGAAAGAAUACUAAUUUUCUGCCUUCAA